AUGGCGGUUUAUGUAAGAGCGAAAAGAGUUACAGAUCCAUUAAACGAUAAAGUGAAAGCUAGUAUUUGUGGUCAUCAUGAUGUGAAAAGUUAUGUUAGUAGCAGCGGGAGUGAACAUGAUUCUGAUCAUCAUCACGAUUCUUCUUCUUCUUCGUCGUGUAGUCUUUCUGAUCUCAUUCAUGGAUUCUUAGAAAAUGAUGAUGAUGAUAAAGGAAGAAAUCAGAACGCCGAGAAUGAUCAUGAAGAGUGUAGUAGUGAUUCAGAGAAGAGGAUGAUUGAUAGUAAUAAUAAUUCUGUUUCUCUAAAUGAAUCGAUUAGUAUGCUGAGAGAUCUGUUGAAUCCAAGAGUGAGAUUUGAUUCAGGUUUUCGAUUAAUGUUACAAUCUCAAGUAACGAAGACAUUUACAUUAUAUUCAUCAUUAAGUUCAGACAAAGGUGUUUUAAGAAGACGUGUUAUGAGUUAUCUUCGUGAAAAUGGAUAUAAUGCUGGGAUUUGUAAAACUAAAUGGGAAAGUUGUGGAGGAUUAACUGGAGGUAAUUAUGAAUUUAUUGACGUAAUUAAACCAGCAUCAUUAUCAUGUUCAUCGGAGAUCAGGUAUUUUAUUGAUAUUGAUUUUAUGGGAGAGUUUGAAAUUGCUAGACCAACUUCACAGUAUGAGAAGUUGGUACAAAUUUUACCUAGAGUUUAUAUUGGAAGAUCUGAAGAACUUAAACAAAUUAUCAAAUUAGUGUCUGAAGCUGCUAAGAAAUCUUUGAAGAUUAAUCAGCUUCUGUUAUCUCCUUGGAGGAAGAAUCGUUUUAUGCAAAUGAAAUGGUUUGGUCCGUAUAAAAGAACUCUGAAUCAAGUGUCAUCUUCUUCAUCUUCAUCAGCAUCACCAACGGCGUCGAAUAUUCAGUUAGGGUUUCAUCAGAAGAUCAAUUUUGCUCCGAUCAAAUAUCAGUCAUCUUCAUCAAUGGGAUUCAACGUUGAUCGUAACAGUUCGAAUGUUAUUAACGGUGUUUGUAACGGUGGCCGUUUAAAUAAUAUUCCUGUGGCUACUCGUAUUAGAUAG